AGAUGAAAGAGGAAUAGGAAAAGGAAGAGAAAGAUGAGGGAGAGAUGGAAGGAAGGAAUGAAGGAAGGGAAGAAGCUAUUUUAGAAUCACUAGGAUUUGAAUUUUAGUGAGAUUAUGCUUUGAGACAAGGGAGAUUAUGGGUAGAAACGACAGUUGGGAAACUGUGUACACAUCUGACAGUACUGUUUUGUGCACACAAUGGAGCAAAUUACAGAUUUGUGGCAUAAUAAUUACUUUCCCAAGCCAGAAUGUUGUCUUAGCAAGUUAGGACUGUGCAGGGAGCCAGUUGCACUACCUUAUUUAAGGAUCUUCAGAAUCUGCCACAAACACAGAGCACAAGGCUCUCAAUGGUUCUUUAAAAACAGCCACAUCCCAGUUCAUCUGGAGGUGAAAGCAGAGCUCAAGAGACUAAAAGGAAUCCCUCCCUUUCUGGCAGGUCUACUUCCAGGAACAUGAAACCACCAUUCCGUGGGUCUUGGGACAUCUGAACAUGGCCACUGGAAUGCUGCCCAAUUCAUCUACUGUGGACCCAAAGGCCUUCAAAGGUGGCUUCACUUACCAGGACUAUUUGGUGUGAACUUCAAGUCAUCUUUCCAAACUCUUAAGUCUUUUAUUUGCAUAUUAAAUGCUUCCGUUCCUUCCAAACAUUUGACAGUAUUUUCAGAGACUAGCUAACGCCAUUACUUUUGUUAUCCCCUGAGUGUAGCGGCAUAUGAGGCAUUUGGGGCUUCAGAUUGCCUGUUCUGCUGUUCUGCCCCCUUUAAAAAAAUGAUGCAGUAGAUUGAAGCCAGAGCCUCACACAUGCUAAGUGCUCUACCAUUGAGCUACAAAUCCAGUCUCUCUUCCCCUUGUUUUUCUUCCCUCUCUCCUUCUCUCUCCUAUUGUGUGUAACUGUGGGUAAAUCACUUAACAUUAUCCUUCAGUUCUCUCACCUGUGAAAUAGGCAGUAAUAGUAAUUAGCUCAUGAGGUUAUCCUGAGGAAUAAAGUAAUUUGAUAUACAGUAUGUGCUUAGAAGUGUCUGGCUCAUAGGUAAAUGUUAUCACAAAUGUGGCAACUGCUGAACACCAACCAAUUCACCUACAGUGAAGGCAUGGUGCACUUUAUCCCGUCAUCUUCACUUUCACCUUGGUAUGGAGAAAUUAAGAAGCAAUUCUUCAUUUCACUGGGAAAUGGCCAACACAGAUCCUUACCCUGGCACUUCAGUAACAAACAAGAAAUGCCCCAGUUCACCACAGCGCGGAUUAUGACCGCCUGAUGUGUCACAUCAUGAGGAUGACUUGGUCUUCGCCCUCAUGUAGUUGCAGCUUACAGUUUCCACAUCUACAGUAUUACCCAGAUAUUGGAUGCCUUAUUUGAUAAGAACCAAGUAAGCCAACAAGUUCCAGUGUACAAACAGCCAAUAAAUGGGAUAACGUUCUUCCACAGAGGCUCUAUCAGGUGGCUAAGUCCCGAUUGCAGAUUUUCAGGCUGUCACCGAGGACUUUGCUGUCGAAAAGUAGAGAAGGGCAGGCCUUGCUUAACCCCAGUGGAAUGGCCAGCCCUUAUCUGAGUGCGGACUCACCUGUAACUGAGGGACAGUGCUCCCUGCUAAAGACAGUAUAGCGAAUAUUAAAUGUUAUUUUUUAAAGGAUUAGUGUUAGUGGUGGGAGUGUGAUGCCUGCAAUACUCGACACGUUCAUCUUUGGCCUAGUGUGGGCCGUCAGGUGAGCACCGCAAUUCCCCCAGUUAGCGCCCCACGACUUCGGUAUUUUCUGUCGGAGGAGCUCAUCUUUAGCGGAAAGGCGCAGCUCCAGUGGCCUUCCCUUUAAACCACACGGGAAGCUCCGCCCACUACGGGAGGCGAAAGGGUUCCGCGGCCGCGCCCGUUCCUGGGCUCCCUAAGCCGGACAUUACCUAUAGCCGCCGACCCCGAGACGGGAUGGCUGCUUCUCUUCUAAAUAGGUUAAUACUACAAGCUGUGAAAACUGAAAAUAAUUGCAUUAGAAGGUGCUUAAGUAAACACAUCAUCAUUAAAAAAGAAGCCCCAGCACAGUUGUUCCUCAUUGCCUCUGGCCCAAGACUGUCCUAUCUAAUCCAUACAAAAGGUUUUGGUACUAUUGAAGACACACGGGUUGAGAAGAAAGAAAAAAAAAAGAGUAACACCACUUUUUCUAACACUGGGAGGAAAAUUAGCGAGCGAAUAAUUCGUGUCCUUGAUGAAAAUGGCAAUGACUUGGGACUCAUGCACCGAGCAAAUGUGAUCAAACUCAUGGAUGAGCGAGACUUAAGACUGGUGCAGAGGAAUGCCAGCAGACAGCCCCCAGAAUACCAGCUUAUGACGGGAAUACAGAUCCAUCAGGAACGGCUCAGGCUGAGAGAGGAAAACAAACAGAAAACUGGAUCAACUGUGACAAAGGAAUUAAAUUUCUCUUCAAAUAUUGCACAACAUGAUUUGAACACAAAGAGUAAACAGAUUCAGCAGUGGAUUGAGAAAAAAUACAAAGUUCAAGUUACCAUAAAGAAGAGCAAAAAUGCAGAUGAGCCAGAAAGUAAAAUGGAGGAUAUGUUUAACCAAAUACUCCAGGGUAUGCCUGGAGUAGCUACCUUUUUAACCAAGCCACAAGCCGUUAAAGGAGGAAGAGCCUUCACAUGUGUUUUCCGUCAUCUGAGCAAGAAAGAAAAGGCAGCAUAUGAAGAUGCUCAAGAAAGCCAUAGAAGAGAUGCUUUGAACAAAGAAAAUGGGAAUGCCAAGGAAUCAAGAGUUUAGCAUCUGUGAUUUUAAUUUUUUAAAAAAAGCUUCUGAAUGAAAAUAAUCUCACUGGCCUCCUUCAGCGAGGCUGAACAGUUCCUAGUGGAGGGUGAAGUAUUGCAACUGCUGAAGGCACCUGGUCUUCCACACAGCUCUGCGAAUCUCCAUCUCGAGACGAAGAUGAACCUUUUGCCUGUCUCACUUUAGGUGGGAUGUAUCCACUGAGACGAGAUGCCAAGCUCCGUUUUUCACGAGAUCGUUUUACCUUUGAAAACAAGGGAAACAAACUAGAAUUGAGAAUCAAAAUGACUGUUUCAAAUGGCUGUACAUGCCAACAGGGAAACAUUCCUUUACAGAGACUCACAUCUUUAACAGAGGCAAACACAUAAAGGAGGUGGGAAUAUUCCACAGAGAUAGGAAGCUUGUGUGUAAACAGGGUUGGUGUUAAAACAGACCAUGCUUGAGUAGUUUCCACUUACUUUCAUUUUCUUCUUGUCAGGAUCAUGUACCACAGCAUGCCUGGUGAGACUUUGCUACAGUGAAGGAAAAAGAAAAACUAUUUUAAAAACCUCAACAAGUGUUGUUUGUUAACAUGAAAAUGCAAUAAAUUGUCAGCCUUCCUA